AUGGGUGGAACAUCUCUAGACAAUCAGGCCACAAACUAUCCGACUUCCUCUAAUUUGACAUCAUCUUGUGCAGACGUGUACCAAAGUGUGUCAAACACAACACACACAGAACGACAUGGCAGCAGAUCGGUUUUGAAAACGACGGGCCUUGUUCCGGAGAGCUACUUCAGUAACAGCAGAAAUAUUUUAAAUCUAUAUUUUGUGAAAGUUUCAUGGGCAUGGACCAUAGCAUUACUUCUGCCUUUCAUCCGUUACUCCAACAUUUACAACAGAACCCACACAUUUGUGUUGAGGCGGCUGACUUCAUUACUGGUGGCCACAUUCAUUUGGUACACCUGCACUGAGACUUUUUCCUACAUUGAAGACAUUACCGGUUCAUGCUAUGAAUCAGACACCAUGCAAGUCAUCCACAGUGACAUUAUUGCCACAAAGGCGGCGUGCAAGGAGGCCGGAUUCAUCUGGGAUGGUUUUGACAUAUCAGGACACUCCUUCAUCUUGGCUUACUCUAGCCUUGUGAUCGUUGAGGAAAUGGUGCCCAUGUUAAACAUACCGCAAAGUGACAGAAACAUUCCUCUUGAUUGCCUUUAUAUAGCACUCAAUGCUAUUGUGGCCAUCUGGAUAUGGAUGUUCGGAUGCACUUCUGUGUAUUUCCAUGAUAUUAUUGACAAGACUAUAGGGACGUUGUGUGGGAUAUUGGGAUGGUACGUGACUUAUGGUGUUUGGUACCCGAUGUCCUUUUCUCCAUGUCUCCCUCCACAGCAGAAACAACAUGCUUAGUGUGGGAACGAAAUGCUACGAGUUCACUACAAGAAGCUUGACAUAUCUGUACUGUUUAUGUUUAGUGAGAUCCAUGAGAGGUUAGCCUUCCAGGUGAGGCAUUAGGCAGCUGGUGAUCCUAAAAUGUCGAUCUGUAAUCUGAGAGGUCACAUCUGAACCCUAUUGUUGCAUUCAAAUGUUUUGUGGCUUCACACAGAGCUGAAAUAUUAAAACUUGACAAAAAAUG